CUCCAAGACAGUUUCCGCAAAUAAACGAGAGGCCUCAUCGACCCACAGCUUCCCUUUGCUGCCCAGCAGAGCAAGCCUCGGCGCAGAUCCGGGCUGAAAGACGCCAGCUUCUGCGCUCGGGGUUCCGCUGCCUGUGACUCCCAGAUGUGGAACAGGCGCGGGGUACUGUGCAGGGGAUAAGUCCAGGAGAGGGAGAGGAAGGCCCCAGCGGGGCAGCUAAUCCAGGCCUGAGCUAAAAAACAAGGUUGAAGUUACUCAUUAGCAGGUGGAGGGGUCAAGGGUCGAGGCAAGGGGGCUGGAGGCAGAGCACACGGAGCAGCUGGAGAAGGCAGCCGAGGCCCGUCUGAGAGCACCGGCUCCACCCGCCCGAAGAUGUUCCACCGGAUCUGGGCCGCGCUGCUGUAUCUCUGCGGCAUCCUCCUCAACUCCAUCCAUCGGUGCCCUGAGCGCCCUCAGCUCACAGCUCUGGGCGUGGAUGAGAAAGAGUUUCCGGAGCCCCACCUAGGCCGAUGGUACUUCAUUGCAGGGGCGGCUCCCACCAGGCAGGAGCUGGCGACUUUCGAGUCCGUGGACAACAUAGUCUUCAACAUGGCUGCAGGCUCAGCGCCCACGCAGCUCCAGCUCAGUGCCGCCGUCCGCACGAAAAAUGGGUUCUGUGUGCCUCGGAAAUGGAUCUACCACUUGACGGAGGGGAGCACGGAUCUCAGCACUGAAGGCCGCCCUGACAUGAAGACUGAGAUCUUCGCCAGCUCGUGCCCAGGUGGAAUUAUGCUGAAAGAGAUGGGUCAGGGUUACCAGCGCUUCCUCCUCUACAAUCGUUCCCCACACCCUCCAGAGACGUGUGUGGAAGAAUUCCAGGCCCUGACCUCCUGCCUGGACUCCGGGGCCUUUCUACUGAUUCCCAGGAACCAAGAGGCCUGUGAGCUGUCCAGUGACUGACCCGGAACUUCGGCUGUGUCCCCAGAUGGAUAUGGUGGGGCUGAGCUGUGGGUGGGAGGACACCCUGAGAUCCCUCUCACAGAUAAUAAAGACGAGUUUCCAUCCCUG